AUGUUCGACUAUUGUGACCAGUUUGAUGACAUAUACUACAUUGCCUUGGCUGUUUUUCGACAAACUCAAAUUCAGAUGGAUCUCUUUGAGAAGCAUAUGCCAACUCUUCCAGUUGGGCAUAAGCAGCAACUUGUUAAUAUGAUGACCAGAAUUAAUAUUGCUGUGCAAAAGACUGCAGAAGAG